AUGAGCGGUCAGUUUGAGGACGAUAUCCACGACCGGGCCGAGAGGAAGAGCAGUAAAUCCCCGACGCUGCUCUCCUCUUACUGCAUAGACAGCAUUCUGGGCCGCCGGAGUCCCUGUAAGGUCAGACUGACGGGUCUGUCCGGCAGACUGGAGCUCGACAAAGCUUCUGACAGGCCAAUGAAAGACCCCCAUGCUGACAUGCACCUGCCACCAAAGCUCCGCAGGCUGUACGGAUCCGGAGGGAAGUACCUCCACGACCCCGCAGAGACUCUGGAGAGAGAGAGGCUCCUCAUGGACCAAACCAGCGACAGCCUGAAGAUCAGCCAUGCACCACAGGUGAGCAUCAGUCGCAGCAAGUCGUACCGGGAGAACGCAUCACUGAGCCGGGGAGAAGGUGACCAGAGCCCCGGGGAAGGGGAAGGGGAAGGCUCGGAGGAUGGCAGCCUGGGACUGGUGGAGCUCGGUCCUCUGAAGUUCGAGGAGGAGGCUGGAGGAAAGGAGGAGGAGAGCAGUGGAGGUGGAGGUGGAGGGGAUGCGACCCAAAGGAUGUCCCCAAAGGAUGAGGAGAGGGAGAGCUUGCACGCCGGGGAUGGGGAGGACAGCGUGUGUCUGUCGGCAGGCAGUGACUCGGAGGAAGGGAUGCUGAAAAGGAAGCAGAGAAGAUACAGGACUACCUUCACCAGUUACCAGCUGGAGGAGCUGGAGAGGGCUUUCCAGAAGACGCACUACCCAGAUGUCUUCACCAGAGAAGAACUUGCGAUGCGUCUGGAUCUCACCGAGGCCCGAGUACAAGUCUGGUUUCAGAACCGCAGGGCCAAGUGGAGGAAACGUGAGAAGGCCGGGGUGCAGGCCCACCCGUCAGGCCUGCCGUUCCCGGGCCCCCUGGCAGCGGGCCACCCUCUCAGUCACUACCUGGACGGGGACUUCCCUCCCCAUCACCACCCGGCCCUCGAGUCCGCCUGGACAGCCGCAGCAGCUGCAGCCGCCGCCUUCCCGGGCCUGGCCCCUCCGCACCACAACGGCUCCGCUCCGCCAAUGGCCACCCCGCUCGGCCUUGGCACUUUCCUGGGCACGGCUGCCAUGUUUCGCCACCCUGCCUUCAUCGGACCCACUUUUGGCAGGCUCUUCUCCAGUAUGGGUCCCCUGUCCAGUGCUUCCACCGCCGCAGCGCUCCUCCGUCAACCCGCCCCUCCUGUAGAGAACCCCUCCCACGCGGGCCCAGUCCUCGCCGACCCUUCCUCCUCUUCUUCCUCCCCCUCAUCCGUGGCCGCAGCGGACCGCAGGGCCUCCAGUAUCGCCGCGCUGCGCCUCAAGGCCAAGGAACACUCGGCUCAGCUCACCCAGCUUAACAUCCUGCCUACCGGAACCGCAGGGAAGGAGGUGUGCUGAACACACAACACCAGCUCUAGGCCUCCCCGUCCCAUUCCAUGACACCCCCGUCCCCCUCCUAAAAACCCAUGCAUACCUCUGGUGGCUGAUGUCCUGAUGUCCCCUUGUCAACCAUCCCUGUUACCUCAUGUUUCCCCAACAAAA